AUGGUUCUCAAUCCAGGCUUCAAGGUUCGAAACCUCCUAGCGUACAAUUUCGCCGGCUUUGCCUGUAUUUCGCUUGUGGUGUUUCUUCUGGCUUCGCAGCCAUUCUACUUAUCAGAUGUGAUCGGCGUGGACCUGAAGAAGAUUGGUUCCGUUGUGGGCACUUUGGGUGUUCUAGACGAGCUCACGUCGAUCUUUGUGGCGGUGUUUUUGGGUACUUUGAAUGAUAAACUCAAUUUUUGGGCCAGGCUGGCCAAGGGGUUCUUUCCCUCGGGACCUAGGAUCCUCGAAUUGGGCGGAUUUGGGCUUUUGGCCAUUUCCCUCUUUGGUUACGGCAAAUUGUCCAAACAUGUGUUUCCCGAGCUUUGGUUUUGGCGUGCUAUCUUUGCCGUGGCUGUCACGGCUUGUAUGAGUACGGUUACUGUGAUGCUUCAUGAAGCGAACAACUCGGACUUUGCAUGGACCGAUUUGGCGUUUUGGAAGAUGUACCAAAAGAAGAAGGACCACGAUGAAGCCGAGCUGGGGCUCUUGACCGAAGAGCCUGUUUUUGUGCCUCAGCAGAAAAAGAAGCACGGAAAACUCUCCGCAUUGAUCGGAGUAUCGACCGGACUUGGAGCCGUUUUCUCGGUUUCGGUGUUUUUAACGUUGCCCGUGAAGCUCAGCGACCAUAAUCCUGAUCUCUCCAGAGCAGGAAGCGUCAAACUUUCUUAUGUGAUCUUAUCGGUGUUUGCACUUGCAGCAGCGGUUCUCGUAUUCACAUUCGCCUACGACAGUGCCAAGAGCAGAAGGGAAAACGGCGAUAUCGAUGCAGAGCUGUCUAGGGACCUGUCGUACCUUGAGCUUCUCAAGGAAGGUCUCCAGGCGUCAAAGAACAACAGAAGAGUGCAAUUGGCCUAUGUCAGUUCGUUUGUCUCGAGAUCCACCACCGUGGCCAAUUCCGUCUUCAUUCCGCUCAUGGUGUUCAAGUACUACUCGGAACACGGAAAGUGCAGCGGGUCUGUGCUGGAUGCCACCAACUCCCCUCUGAAGGAUGACUGCUACGAUGGUUACGUUUUCCUGGCUAUUCUCACCGGUGUGGCUCAAACGGUAGCGCUUGUUUCCUCUCCAAUCUGGGGUGUUUUGGUCGAUUCGAAGCGUUUGGGCUGUCUGAUGACGUUGCUUAUUGCUGCUGUCAGCGGUAUGGUUGGUGCUUUUGGACUUUGUAUUGCCAGCGUGGGAGCCGAUGGCUACGACCCUAGAAACGCCUUGUGCUUCAUUCUUGUGAGUUUCAUCGGUCUUUCCCAAAUCGGCACCAUCAUUGCUUCUAUGAGCUUAAUCAGCUCUAUCGGUCUGACGCCAGAGUCUACCGAGCACAAGGUCAUUGGUAGUAUCAGUGGAUGCGCCAGUGUUUGUGGAGGAGUGGGUAUUUUGUUGAUCACAAAAGUUGGUGGUUCCUGGAGUGAUCUGUGGACGUUUGCGCCAUUUUUCAUCUUGGGUGCCCUCAAUGUCGUUUUGGCUGGGUCUUCCAUUGCAGCCACUAGAGGGUAA